AACUACCGCCUCUGGUUUGUUUGCGAGCCGAUGUUGUGCGGUUGCGAGCGCUCAAUGGAUGUUGUUCGGCGUGGGUGACGCAUCGUAUCGGCGACGCGGACAGUUUGUCUCCUCCGUCAAAUGCUCACCGCCGGCCGAUGACUUACAUUAAUGGCUCUGCAUCUCGGAAUUCGCUUCAUCCGCUGGGGGAAAGAAACAAUGGAAUCGAGGAUGUGCUCAGCAGCCGCGCCGGCGAAGGCGGCCCGCGCACCGAGUGCCGGAGACUGUCCAUCCUCCUGUACAGUGGGUGCACCCUGCGACAUGAAGCUGGCACGUUGGUGUCCGUCCUCCAGGGAGCAGCUUCAGGAGGCUGAGGAGAAAAUCUUCUCGUAUCUGAACAGAAAAUACACCGGCCGCUAUGUUGAAGUUGGCCGGUUUGGAGACGCUGUCUCUUCUUGCCGCUUAUGGACCAUCACCAUGAAACCGGAAUCGGACGAAGCGGUGACGCAGAUGCCGCUGGUGCUGAUCCAUGGCCUUGGCUGCGGCUCCGCACUAUGGGUGAUGAACAUUGGCGAGUUAUCCAAAAACAGGGUGGUACACUCUCUGGACUUGCUUGGCUUUGGGCGCAGUUCUAGGCCAUCCCUCGGGCACGACGCUACCAGCAUCGAGAACGAGAUGGUGCAAAGCAUUGAGGCAUGGCGGCAGCAGAUGCAGCUGGAGCGCUUCGUGCUGGUCGGCCACAGUCUCGGAGGCUUCUUGUCCGCGUCGUAUGCGCUCCGCUACCCACAUCGCGUGGCUCACCUAGUACUCGACGAUCCCUGGGGCUUCCCGGUGUUCGACCCGCGAAGGUCGGGUGGCAAGCGCAUGGGGCCCUGGUUGGCACCGCUGCAACUCUACUGCAACCGCUUCAACGUGCUCUCUGGACUACGAGCGUCUGGUCUCCUCGGGCCAUUUAUAAUGCAAGCAGCACUCAGUGGUGCUCACAGCCUCUUUGGUCGUGUUGUCACGGAUCCCACCGCUAUUCCCAAUUACGUGUACCACUGCAACGUCCGAAGACCGACAGGUGAAGAAGCGUUCCGGAACCUGAGUGUAUACUUCGGCUGGACGAAGAAUCCCAUGGUUCUGCGUUUCCUCGACCUGGAUCCCGAAGUGCCUGUGACGUUCGUAUAUGGCAAGACCACAUUCAUCACGCGAAGCCCAGCCGAGCACAUCAAGAAGACCAGGAUUAAUGGCUACGUCGACGUACAGGUGUUUGACAACUGCGGCCACAACGUGCACAUGGACCAACCUGAGAAGUUCAACGCACUCGUCAACAAGGUGUGCGACCUCGCGAACAGCGGCGUUAAACUCGGAUCGGCCUUCUACGCAGCGGACCGACCAGCAGAAGAGUAGCUUUGCGUCUUGUGCCGGGUGUGAUCUUAGUUUUUUUUAUUCACUGGCAAUCGAACAGUCAAUGUGGGACCACCACGUGGUGAUAUGCAAGCAAACGAGCACUCAUCAUUCAUUUUACGGCCUUGGACACAACUGAAAGUGCCAAUACGUCAGUAAUUGUGGGUAUGUUGCUACGCUGCAUCACCUCGACAGGCAGGCAUCGACACAUAUUUUUUACACUAAAGAUUAUUUCUGAGAACAGUGGUAUUAGGUUGAUCUCCGUAGUAUUUGUCAAACCCCCCCUCCCCCCUCUGCACCAAAGCCCAACCAGUGACAACCACUUGGAAGCUUUGUGGGUUUUGUCAGUCAUUUUUUGAACAAGAAGACUACAUAUUUAGGUUUGUAAAAAAAACAGAACAAAGUAUGGGGUUGCUAUUGAAUUAAUUAAUCACAGGGCUUUGCAUCACUGAAUGGGCAAGGUAGCCCAGCAGAAACAACUGACACAAAGACGACAGAGGCUACAGCAUGUUUCUGCCUCUCUUGUAUCUGUCUUUUGCUACUGUAUUUACUUCUUCCGUCAUGGUUACUCAGCAUGCAUGACUCGUCAGCCUUUGUUGUUUUCUACUUGCGCCUAUAUUCAACUAUGCAGGCUUCUUGCAGUUUUCGCAUGUCGCGUAUAUUCACAGCAAGGAUGACCCUGCAUGACUCUGGAAUGCAAAUGUGCCUUUGAACUUUAAGAAGAAGCCUGCCAGAGAAUACAGUCAUUUUCAAGUGCUGUGAUUAUUUGAACAAUGGAGGUGGUGUGAAUCAACGUUGAGUGUAGAGAUUCGAACAUAGUAUUAUAGAACUUCAGUUUGUCGCAAGUCCGUAUUUAUGUGAAUUACUUGUUUUCAAGAUUACUAUUAAUAUUGUUUUCUAUGGAAACAGAAGUGUAUAUUUGAACGCUACUUUUAUUGUUAAGAAUUACUUCUUUAUCAGUUUGCGUUUUUAUUUAGUUUAUUCGUGUACACUUUCUCACCAUUCAACCAAUAUUUGAUCAGAAUUUGCUCUUAUUUAGCUACAAACGUCAAAGCUUUGCUAAACCACUGACUCAAUCUAUACCAGUUUGCAAAGUGAAAGAAACUUCUAUUUGUUUAACACAAAACAUUUUGCUUCACAAAUAGCACCUUUUAACUGAAAGUGAUUCUGACGUCUUUGCUUUCGUAUAUAAGUAAAUCCAGCGAAAUUUAUUUGUGUCUAGACAAUCACUUAGGUACCUGGUUAACAUCAUUGAACAUGUACAACUUGAACACUAUUAUUAUUUUUAUUACUUCUAAGUUAUUUGACAAAUAUGAAUAAAUUAAAAUCACUCGGACACCUAGUAUUAUGUAUAUUUGAUGAAGUGAGAUAACUAGCGUUUUUCUCGAUAUGCAACAAGAACACAAAAAGUGAGCCUUACCCGCUUCUUUGUUGCUUAGGGGCUUUUUAAAUAACACCAUUACUGCUGCUGCUCUUUUUUUCUCAGCUACUGAAAUUGCUGAUCAAUUUAUGACUAGGGUAUGAGUGUGUUUGCGCAAUUAUUGCCUUUAUUAUUUCGGCUUCCCUUCACACUUUGCAAUUCUGAAUGUGUAGGGUGGCCAAAAAUCCCACCGUUGGUGUGACAUUCAUGUGUAACUUGUGCGCCGCGCGCCCAAUAUCGCAAUGCAUAGUAGCAGACUGAAAUUUAGCAUUCGGUACUCAGUCAAGUAAUGCCGUUUCUAUUAUUUCACCUAUGACGCAGGUCACUCCGUUACGCAACCGAUACGUCUCAGUAGAUAGAGGUGUAGAUGAAUUUUAUGAGCACUAUCUUUAAAACAUUAAAAUCGUUAGUGUCAUCAAGCUCAUUGUUUUUUUUCUAUCGCGUUCCUUUAGCCUUGGAUUUUCAGUAUACAUGAGUUUACUAUCCUCAAAAGUUCUGUCUUUAUUGUUUUUCGGGGUUUUUAUUUGGUCUCGUCCCCAUCACUACGUCGCCGAUAGAAGUAGCUUGUUUUUCUUUCCAAGCAGAUGCCACAUGACAGAUGCCACGCAGUACAAAUGUUUAAGGCCUAUAGCCAUGCGGUAAAGAGCAGUGACCUCAUGAAUGCACGAGGCACCGAAUCACUUGAGAGGCAUUAUAUAUAGCUAUAUUGGUGACAUUCACAACGCUUAUUUAGAUGCUAAAAUGUUUACCAAGUAUAUAAUGUUGUAUGAACAGUGCGACAAAAGGAAGCAUCACACCGCUAGCGCCCCUCAUCGUCAAUUGAUAUCACUGCGCUUGAGCGGUAACGUUAACCCUCGCAAAUACGUCAUGACCACGAUGCUCCUAGCACCUGCUAAAAGUCACUACAGUGAAAGUGCGCAUCAAAAACUUCUUGUUCCAAGAGAAUCACCGAAGGGCUUUACGUAAGCCUUCCUAAUUCUUCGAUGGGUCACGCUAUGUUUCAUUUGGAGAAAACUAGGGAAAAAAUUGAGCCAAGAUUCAGCUGUAAACACAGUGAUUAUCAGUACUCGUGAUGCUCGAGGACAUUCAUAGCUUCUACAGACGUCUUGGAGAACAAACGUUUAGUAUAUAUAGAGUACGACCACAGUACCCUAUGGGCAGCAUAGGAACUUACUGAACGUGCUUCCUUGUUUUUUGCUUUUUUGCUUCCUUACCAGCGCUCGCAUAGUUGUAUAGCUCCAUACGAGUGCGUUGUUAGCUGCUUUGUUGAAUAGUCAUUGCAACCUCAGUCAUUGCUUGUUGAUAGCUGUUUUGCUUUUGUUGAUUUUGUACCCAUGCCAAAAAAGAACGAAAACAAAAUAGUCAACUGGAUAUUUUGCGUAUGACGCUGUAAGCAACUGCAUGCUUUCAGACUGCACCAAAUCAAAUCACGCAAAUAAAUUUGAAUGCUUGUUUUA